AUGAUGAACCUCGAGCUAUACUUCGCGCACCUCAUGUUGCGUGAGCUCGAGCAGUUCCGCGACAGCGCACCCACGCCCGCCAAAGACGACGCCACAGAGGUUGCGCAGUCCGACCACCCUCCUCCCCCGUUUGCCACAGGGCAAGAUUCGACCGGAGCCCAAAUGGCCAGCACCAACGCCGCCAUCGACGACGAGGAGAACAAACACCAAGCCACCCUCCAGCACCCGGGGGACAUCAGCGCCCUCGUCGGCGCGGACGAGGCGGCCAACGGCUUCCAGGGCAUGCCGGUCAGGCUCAUGACCCUCCCCAACGCCACCGACCGCCAGCGGAAGGGCAACUGCGCCCGCCGGCGGCGCAUCUACCGCCUCGCGCAGAAGAUCGGCGUCUCCCCCGGCGGCGACCGCUGGGUCCGCAACAGCCAGCCAUACCUGCAGCCGGCGGUGCCGCGUUCGGUCGUGCGCGCCGACGGAAUCGUCGAGUACAACCAGUUCAUGCACGACGACGCGGGCCAGGUUGUCCUCAGAAUGCCGGGCGGGUGGAAGCGGGACCUCGUGCGGAAGCGGCCCCAGUUCCUCGGCGUCGCGGUCGUGGAUGGGUUUCUGUGGCCGCGGUUUGGCCGCAGUCUCCCGCGGAGGGUGGCGGUUGAUUGGGAGGAGCAGGGCUUCGUCGAGUUCAACGAGGUCCGGUACACGACCCAUUUCAUCGCGCGCGAGCCCAAGGUUGCAUCCAACGUAGGAUCGGAGGAGGAGGAUGGCGUUCUCAUCAAGUUUGAGGAGUAG